AUGGUGCAAGAAUUACGUUUCGACAACCAGACCGUGGUGGUCACUGGUGCUGGCGGUGGUCUUGGGAAAGCAUACGCCAUCUUCUUUGCUUCGAGAGGUGCCAAUGUUGUUGUCAACGACCUGGGCGGUUCCUUCAAGGGCGAGGGUGCUGGCACAAAGGCCGCAGAUAUCGUUGUCGACGAGAUCAAGGCUGCCGGCGGUAAAGCCGUGGCCAACUACGACAGUGUCGAGCAUGGCGACAAGAUCAUCAAAACUGCCAUUGACAGCUUCGGCCGCAUUGACGUCCUCCUGAACAAUGCCGGUAUCCUCCGCGAUAUCAGCUUCAAGAACAUGAAGGAUGCUGAUUGGGACCUGAUCAACACCGUUCACGUUAAAGGAGCAUACAAAUGUGCAAGAGCUGCGUGGCCGUAUUUCAGGAAACAGAAGUACGGGCGGGUCAUCAACACUGCUUCUGCGGCCGGUCUCUUCGGUAGCUUCGGCCAGUGCAACUACUCCGCCGCCAAACUCGCUCAAGUCGGGUUUACUGAGACACUGGCCAAGGAAGGAGCCAAAUAUAACAUCAUUUGCAAUGUCAUCGCUCCAAUUGCCGCCAGUCGAAUGACGGAGACCGUCAUGCCUCCCGAUGUGCUCGCCAACCUCAAGCCAGAUUGGGUCGUACCACUAGUGGCUGUUUUGGUUCACCCUUCCAACACCCAUACAAGUGGCUCGAUCUUCGAAGUGGGUGGAGGUCAUAUCGCCAAGUUGAGAUGGGAACGUGCCAAGGGCCUCUUGCUCAAGGCCGACGAGACCUACACUCCCGGCGCCAUUUUGAAAAAGUGGGAUAAGGUCAACGAUUUCUCCGAGCCGGAAUACCCCAAUGGUGUUGCCGACUUCGUGACCAAGGCCGAAGAAUCAAUGAAACUGCCACCUAAUGAACAAGGCGAGGACAUCCGCUUUGAUGGGAAAGUCGUCCUAGUAACUGGCGGUGGUGCUGGUCUCGGUCGGGGCUACUGUCUUGCUUUCGCCAAGCGCGGCGCCUCUGUCGUUGUCAAUGACCUUGUUAACCCAGAUACUGUCGUACAAGAGAUCCAAAAACUUGGCGGCAAGGCUGUCGGCAACAAAGCUUCGGUCGAGGACGGUGACGCCGUGGUCAAAACGGCCAUCGAUACAUUUGGCAGAAUUGACAUCCUGAUCAACAACGCCGGUAUCCUUAGGGACAAGGCUUUCGCCAAUAUGGAAGACAAGCAAUGGGAUGACAUCCUUAAUGUCCAUCUCCGUGGCACCUACAAAGUGACCAAGGCAGCAUACCCGCACAUGGUCAAGCAGAAAUAUGGCCGAAUUGUGAACACAACCAGUACGAGUGGUAUCUAUGGCAACUUUGGUCAAGCUAACUACGCUGCUGCGAAACUCGGUAUACUCGGAUUCUCUCGGGCUCUAGCGUUAGAAGGCCGGAAGAACAACAUCUUCGUCAACACCAUUGCACCAAACGCGGGUACUCAAAUGACUCGAACUAUCUUGCCCGAAGAAUUAGUGCAACUCUUUAAGCCGGAAUAUGUCGCUCCUCUGGUACUAGCGCUAUGCUCAGAUAAAGUCCCAGAACCACCGACAGGCCUCCUGUUCGAAGUCGGCAGUGGAUGGCAAGCACGUACACGUUGGCAGAGAACCGGCGGCCAUGGCUUCCCUGUGGACGUUAAACUGACGCCUGAGCACGUUGUCGAGAAAUGGGACCGAAUCACAAACUUCGACGACGGCAGAGCAGAUCACCCUGAGAGCGGUCAAGACGGUCUUAAGUCGAUUAUGGCCAACAUGGAGAACCGAAGUAAGAAAUCAGAGGACUCGGAAUCUGGGACAGACUAUUUGGCAGCAAUCGAAAAGGCUAAGAAGGCUCAAGCCAGUGGCACUGAGUUUGUCUAUGAUGACAAGGAUGUGAUCCUUUACAACCUGUCCCUCAACGCAAAGAGAACACAACUGCCUUUGGUUUAUGAAAACGACGACAACUUCCAGGUUCUGCCGACUUUUGGAGUCAUCCCCUUCUUCGGUGCUGUUGCGCCUUUCUCAAUGGACGAGGUCCUUCCCAACUUCUCUCCUAUGAUGCUGCUACAUGGCGAACAAUACCUUGAGAUUCGAAAGUUCCCUAUUCCAACUGCCGCCAAAUUGGUAUCUUACCCCCGCCUGGUCGAAGUUGUCGAUAAGGGCAACGCUGGUAUUGUCGUGACUGGCACUGUCACCAAGGACGCGAAGACGGGAGAGGACGUCUUCUACAAUGAAUCCACCGUCUUUGUCAGAGGGUCUGGUGGUUUCGGAGGACCCAAGAAAGGAGCCAACCGUGGCAACGCAACAACCGUCUACCAGCCGCCUAAGCGAGCUCCUGAUGCCGUCGUAGAGGAGAAGACCUCGGAAGAUCAGGCUGCUUUGUACAGACUCAACGGCGACCGGAAUCCGCUUCACAUUGAUCCUGAAUUCAGCAAAAUCGGUGGCUUCAAGGAGCCUAUCCUGCACGGUCUCUGCUUUAUGGGUUUCAGCGGCAAACACAUUGUCCAGACUUUUGGCCUAUUCAAGAACAUCAAGGUCCGCUUUGCUGGUACCGUGAUUCCAGGCCAGACGUUGGUAACUGAGAUGUGGAAGGAGGGUAACAAGAUCAUUUUCCAGACCAAGGUCAAGGAGACAGGCAAGCUAUGCAUUGCCGGUGCUGGUGCUGAGCUCUUGGGUGCUCCUAAGCCCAAGCUGUAG